AUGAUAACUCACUGCUCAAUCACAACCAACAUAUUUACAUUUGCCUUAAAUAUCUACCAACUGGCAGUGAUACUUGCCAAGACGUACUACCGCUCAAUUGUGAUGACACCCCGUAUGAAGGUAUGUGCGUGUAUGCACGUUGUUUAUAACGUACUAUCCGGUGUGUAUGCUUUGUGUAGUGUGGUGAUGGUUUGUUAUGAUGGGUUGUAUUUUUUGAGGUACUGCUGUGAAUAUGUGCAGAUGGUGAUUGUGUUGUUGGUAGUUGAGGUGGGAAAGGAGAAGAGGGUUUUGGGAGAGAGAGGGAUGAGUGGUAGUGUGGGAGGGGUGAGUGGUGGUCUGGGAGGGGUGAGUGGUGGUGUGGGAGGGGUGAGUGGUGGUCUGGGAAGAAAUGUGAAGAAGAGCAAAGGUGUUAAAAAUAGCAAAGGUGUUAAGAAGGGCAUGAAAAGAGGAUUGAAACAAAGUGAUCAGCAUUUAAAACAGAGUGGAGAGGUAGAACGUGGUGAGAACGCAAAGGAUGAUCAAGAAUUGGUUAUAAAGGUUGAAGGGAGGGCAAAUAAUGGAGAAGAAGCAAUUGAUGAGAUCAAGGAUGUGGUAGUUGAUAGAACGGGCGGAGAUGAAAAUGUAAAGAGGAUGCACCGUGAGGAUGCGGAACGAGUGGUGGUACCGGGUACAGAGGAGGAUGAUGCAAGAAUGGGCACUGCAUUUGAGGACGGUAUCAGCGCAAUUAACAAUUUUACGACCGAAUCGUACGGUGUUGGCAUUAGGAACGCGUUUACUGGUGGUGCUCACCGUUUUGAUGGCACUACGUACGACAGCACGUACAGGAACAGCUCUGCACCCCAUCAUCACCCUGCACCGUACCGCACUGCACGUGCAUCUACAACCGAUCUACCACUCAUACCGCUAACCUUCACCACAACAACAUCCGUUCUGCUAAGCAUUGCAUGCAUUUACUUCAAAAACUUACCAACGCUGCUCAACGUGGUCGCCAGCACACUCAUCACAUGCAACCUUUUAUUCUUCCUGCUUCUCAACUGUGUGUACCGUGCCAGUGCUAUGAAUGCGCUCUCUACCGUGCUGUUCAUCAUUGCUGAGGUACUCAGUACUUUCAUACAGGUCAAGGUGCUUAGAAAAAGCAUCUUUCUUGAUAUCCUUACCUGCACUAACGUGUUUGCUAUGGUAACACAGUUCAAGAGCGUUGAGCACGUGCUGUUUAGUGGAUCGGAGAGAAUACCGUUUUAUACCGCGUUGAUGCCUGAGAACUAUGAUGACUCGGCCCGUGGAAAGUAG